AUGGGCAAAAGAAAGUUGGAAGAAGUCAAAGCCAGAGACAAAGUCGAUGCACAAGACGUGAGCGGCAGAUUUGGUGGUGAAGUAGAAGACGAGCCGGAACCAGUGAAAAAUGGAAAAAAUAAUAACGAAAGCAGCGAAGAAGAUGAGUCAGACGAUGGAGAUGACGAUGAUAAUGAAGAGGAAAACAAAAGCCAGACACAUUCGCAUCCACCAAGCAAGAAACAGAAGAAAGCAUUAUCGGCACAAGAAGUGCAAGUGGCACGAGAAACAGCGGAACUCUUCAAGUCCAAUAUCUUUAAAUUACAAAUAGACGAGUUGGUGAAGGAAGUGAAGUUGAAGGACAGCCAUGUGAGCAAGAUUGAGAAAGUUUUGCACCGAUUGCACGAUUUCAUAAAUAAAAUACCACCGAUUGAAAACUUAACCUUGCAACAGGCCGAAAACCAUUUUAACUCGAAAAAGUUAGUCAUUCCAUUCCCAGACCCGAAACCUACUAAAGUGAACUAUACAUUUUCGUACUUGGCACCAGAGGAUGUGUCGUUAGUGGGAUCUUUUGGAUUGAAGACAGGAAUAAGCCAGGCCAACGGCAUGUCGAUUGAUAUUGCAUUGACAAUGCCAAGCGAAUUAUUUCAACCAAAAGACUAUUUAAACUAUAGAGCAUUAUACAAGAGAGCGUUCUAUUUGGCAUAUGUCGCUGACAAUUUGAUUCCCUUGUCGAAGAAAAAUAAUUUACCAAUUAAAAUCACUUACCAAUUCUUAAACGACGAUAUUUUAUGUCCUGUAUUGAAGUUGGAAAGUAUAAAGACUGAUAAUCAGGAUGAUUUAAGUUUCCAUAAGACCAAAUUUACAAUUAAUAUAAUAGCAGGCUUUCCAUUUGGCAUAUUCGAUGCUAAAAAAUUAUUACCAGAUAAGAAUUGUAUCAGAGUUCAAGCUGAAUCAAAAGAUCUCCCACCAACACCUAUAUACAAUUCUUCCAUUCUUUCACUGACUUCAUAUGAUUACUAUUUAAAAUUCUUGUACACUAGCAGAAAGUCAACUGAAGCAUUUAAGGAUGCUUGUAUAUUAGGAAGAUUAUGGUUACAACAGAGAAACAUGGGGUCAGCUGUAAAUAAGGGUGGGUUUGGCCAUUUUGAAUUUGCUAUAUUGAUGAGUGCUUUAUUGAAUGGUGGUGGAGUCAAUGGAAAUAAGAUUUUAUUACAUGGAUUUUCAUCAUACCAGCUAUUCAAAGGUACUAUAAAAUACUUAGCUACGAUGGAUUUAUCAACAGGUUAUCUUUCUUUUUCAAGUAGAAUCGGAGAAGAUGUUACCUCUAAGUACAACCCUGAAGCUGGAUUUAAUGUUCCAACCAUAUUUGAUAAAAACGUUAAAUUAAAUAUACUAUGGAAAAUGACUAAGUCAUCCUAUCAAACCUUACGAGUUCAAGCAGUGGAUACACUUCACUUACUUAAUGACGUGGUUAAAGAUAGGUUUGAUCCUAUUUUAUUACAGAAAACCUCGUUUGAUCAAAUGAAGUAUGAUGUGGUUUUGAACUUAUCUAUUCCUGAUGAAUUGUAUGAUUCAUUUGGUCCCUUAGAGAAGAUAUCAUUCAUUAGUUUUGAUAACUUCUUAAAACACAAAUUGUACUUGAUUUUAAAGAAUGCCUUAGGAGAAAGAAUUUCUCAACUACACAUAAGAAACGAAAAAUUCAGUAAUAUUUUCCCAAUCAAUAAAAGAAAACCAUCUAAUAUUAAUUCUAACUAUAUUAUUGGUCUUCAGUUAAAUCCAGACGAAUGUGAAAAGUUGGUCAGUAAGGGACCAAAUAAUGACGAUGAAGCGUUAGGCUUGAAAUUCAGGUCAUUUUGGGGAUCAAAAGCAUCUUUAAGAAGAUUCAAAGAUGGUACUAUUCAGCACUGUGUCGUUUGGACUGCAAAAGCAAGCGAACCGAUUGUUUUGUCAAUAAUUAAAUAUGCACUCGACUUGCAUUUAAAUCCAGAUAUUUCACAGCAUUUAGUUUUUGAAGCUUCGGGAUUCAAUAUUAAAUUGCCUACUCCAUUAUUACCGUCUGCAUCAAACCAACUGAUUACAUCUUUGGCAAGUUUCACUAAUUUAAAGAACUCAUUCGAAGGUUUGUCAAAGAUUUUAAGUAAUCUUGACUUACCACUUAACAUCAAGGCCUUAUUACCCGCUUCGCCAAGUUUAAGGUAUUCGUCUUUAUUGCAACCUGUUCCAUUUGCAUUAUCAAACCCUGAUUUCUGGAAUGAUGCUGUGUUACAGUUUGAAACUUCAACUAGAUGGCCGGAUGAAAUCAGUGCUUUAGAAAAUACAAAGACUGCCUUUUUAUUGAAAAUUCUUGAAAUAUUGAAUCAAGAAACCGCAUACAAGUCGUUUAUAACAAAGGACGAUUCAAUUCUGUUCAAUGAAUCGAUAACCCUCUUGAAUAUUUUAACGCCAGAAGGUUAUGGUUUCAGAAUAAGAGUUCUCACAGAGAGAGAUGAAUUCUUAUAUUUAAGAGCUGUCAACAAUGCAGACAAACAGAAGGCUUUAUUGCAAGAUGUGUAUUUGAAGUUUAAUCUGAAGUACUUAGGUGUUGUCAAACACACAAGAACAGUAAGUACUCUAGCUCAUCAUUUCCCAUUUUAUUCACCAACGGUAAGGUUAUUUAAACAGUGGCUUGACUCGCAGUUAUUGAUGCAUCAUUUUUCAGAUGAGCUUAUAGAGUUGAUCGCAUUGAAACCUUUCGUUGACCCAGCGCCAUAUUCGGUACCACACUCCGUUGGAAAUGGAUUCUUACAGAUUUUGAAUUUCUUAUCUAAUUGGAAUUGGAAAGAAGAUUCUUUGAUAUUAGAUUUGGCAAAAAACUCUAAUGAGUUAGAAGAAGAGAUAACUAUAAAAUUAAGCGACAGAUUAACUAUACAAGCACAUCAAAUAAUUGAACAAAACUUCGAAAAAAUAAGAAAGUCAGACCCAUCGGGUAUUAGAACCCAAUUGUUUGUUGGCUCAAAAGAUGAUCCUUCAGGUAUUUUAUGGUCUAAUAAUUUGACUUUGCCAAUUGCUAGUAGAUUAACUGGAUUAGCUCGUGUUGCCAUUCUGUUACUUAAGACCGAAGGAUUUUCAGAUUCAAAUAUCGACUUACUUUUCACUCCAGCCUUAAAGGAUUAUGAUUUUGUUAUCAAAGUAAAAACCAACAAUUUGACUACUUCUUCUGGUAUUUUGCCUUCAAAUACAUUCAAGAAUUUGGUUGGAACUGAGACUUCUUUCCCAGAUGAUGUCACAACCAAAUAUGAUUUAGUCCAAGCUUUUGUUGAAGAUCUUAACAGAAAAUUUGGUAACGUUAUUCUUUUUUCUACUAGAAAGUUUACUGGCUUAAAUGAGGACGGAUCGAAUGUUAUAAGUGGAAUAUUUGUUCCAAAUAGCAUAUCCAAGAAAAAGUUUAGGGCUAAUUUGGGAAUCAAUGUCAAACCUGCGGAAGAUCAAAAAGAAGAUGUGAUAGUCAAUAAGGAUGCCAUUUUCAACCAAAUUACAUUAUUAGGUGGAGAUUUAGUUCAGUCCAUCAAAAUUAAGAAGUAA